AGUAGACUUCAUAAGAUGUGUGUGUGUAAUCAGGUUAUCGCCGCCACAAAUCGUGUAGACAUCCUUGAUCCUGCUCUGCUGCGAUCUGGCCGUCUGGACAGGAAAAUUGAGUUCCCACACCCCAAUGAAGAGGCUAGGGCCAGAAUCCUGCAAAUCCACUCCAGGAAGAUGAAUGUUAGCAAGGAUGUCAAUUAUGAAGAGCUAUCCCGGUGUACAGAUGACUUCAAUGGUGCCCAGCUGAAAGCAGUCUGUGUGGAGGCGGGUAUGAUUGCUUUGCGUCGUGAAGCGGUUGAGUUGAGCCAUGAGGACUACAUGGAUGCUAUCAUUGAGGUGCAAGCCAAGAAGAAGGCCAACCUGCAGUACUAUGCUUAGAUGGGAAUCACAUCAGCCAUAGAGAAAUGAAACAUGUUAUGUAACAAUCAGGCCAGAAUAAAACCAUAUCUCCGUCUCCAUUUCAGGCUAUGUUAAAAUGUAAUUUUCUACUUGUUCUCUAUGCAGGGUUUAAUGUAUCAGAACAAAUUUUGAAUGUAAUAACAUAUCCUGUGAUUUCACAACAAAUGGAAAUGAAAUCUGGUUAUCCUGCCCUGCAGUUUAUGGACAUUUUGUAAUCCAUCAUUAUAUGAAAGGUACCCUGAGUAAAGAGAGUAAUGCUUUCAGCUGAUCUAUAAGAUAGUUCUGGUAUUGUCACAGAAGUUACGGUUUUGUUGUUGGCUGCUGACUUACGACAGUAUAUUAGUUGUUAGGUUGUCACCACAAAUUCAAAGUUUGCAAAUUAAGGAGUUUAGUUUGCACAAAUAAUUGUUAAAUAAGGUUGAUGCAUGACAUGUUCUCUUAUCACAUUGAAGAUGACAGAACUUUAGAUUUGGAGGAAAGUUUACUCGUUUUGAAAUACAUCCACACUGAUAGUUGUGUCAGUGCAGUAUAUGUUGGGCAUGGAGGCUGCCUUUAAUGGCAACAUUCGACAUAGUUGUGUUACUAAAUAUAUCAUCCAUGGGUUCUCUUACUGCAAUUUCAUGAAACAGUAUCAGUUGAUAAUAUAUGAUGAAGCACAAAGUGCUGUUGAAGGUAUUGGUCUUUCCAAGCUGUGAGAGAAGGGUGUACAUGAUGACUGUUGAUGUUGUGUAUUUUCAGUCAUUACAAUAAAAGCUGAAUCAAUCC